AACAAAGCACAGAAAAACAGCAAGUAUUUGGAAGUGCAGAUAAUGGUGAAGGAGAGGCAGGUCAAGGUCAGGAGGCCAAGGCCACCGAGGGUGAAGGUCAAGAAACAACUGAUGCUCCACAAGAGGAUGAAGUGAAAGACAACACUGAAACAGAGGCAAAAACUGAUGAGGAGACAAAACCGGCAGAGGGGCAAGAAGAAACGCCUUCAACUGACACAGACCAAGCACCACCAGCUGAAGCAGAGGGAGAACAGGCAGCAGAAGGCACAGCCACAGACCAAACAGAGGCAACAGGACCAACUGACCAACCACAGCCCACAGAACAGACUGACCAAUCACAAGCAGAUGAAGCAACACCAAAUGAACAAUCAGAAGAAGCUUCAAAUGAGCCUGCCCCAGCGACAGAUAAUGAGCAGGCGGCCACUGAACAGGGCGAAAAAGGUGAUGAACAAAAUGCUAAACCAGACGAAACAGAUGCCAAACCAGAUGAAAACACAGAUGCUCCUACAGAGGGUGCCCAGUCAGAGCAGAAAGAGGCUGGCCAAUCUGAUGAAAAUGCCACCGAUCAAGCAGAGGUGAAAGAAGAACCAACAGCAGAGGGAACAUCAGAAAAGGCAGAGGAGGUCAGCACAGAAGCUGCUGAACAGUCAGAAACUGCAAAAGAGACUGGUGAAACAACUGAAGACUCUCAGGAGACAGAUGCAGCACCAGCUGAGGCUGCAGAGCAGGGAGAGGCUGUGGAGACCUCUGGUGAAGCACAAGAGGAAGGUCAGGAACAGGAAGCUGCAGAGGAUGCUGGGAAGUCUGAGGAGCAGACAGCAGAGGAGCAAUCAAAAGAAGGAAAGGAAACAACAGAAGGAGAAGGAACCAAGCCAAAAACUCCCAAGAAGCCAAAGACCCCCAAAGGUGUAUUGCCGCCACCGCUGCCAUCUCUGGAUGAUGGGGACGUGGAGGUGGCUAAGAUGCCAGAGUUCAAGAAGCCGGCUGAUGGCAAUGACCCCAACACUAGAGGGGACGAGGAAGAAGUCCAGAGUGUAAGCUCCAAGAUUGACGAGGAAGACCAGAGGAUCCCCGAUGACUUCUUUUACAAUUAUGAAGAGUUUAUGUCCAAAGCCAGAGUUUCUGCUGACUCAGGCUUACCCCAAGACAUCCUCACUCUCAAGCACUCAUUUGGUUUUGAUGCCCAGAAGAGGGACAAUCUUCACAUCAUCGACCCUAACACCAUCAUGUUCAUAGCUGGUAAUGUGGUGGAGAUCGUGGACCUGAAGACCAAGGCACAGACGUACCUCAGGAGUACCAGCGGGGGCGGUAUUGGAGCCAUAGCUGUCCACCCAAGCAGGAAAUAUUUUGCCGUGUGUGAGAAGGGCGAAGCCCCCAAUAUCCUGAUCUACACCUGGCCUGACCUGAGACUGUACAGAGUGCUGAGAGGAGGCACACAGCAACUGUACAGCUAUGCUGACUUCAGCCCUGAUGGUAAGAUCCUGGCUUCAGUGGGAGGAGAGCCUGACUUCAUGCUGACACUGUGGAACUGGAAGCAGGAGAAGACACUGCUCAGGUCCAAGGCUUUCUCCCAGGACAUCUUCAGGGUCAGCUUCUCCAAUGACCUGGAGGGACAACUGACCUCAGCUGGUACUGGACACAUCAGGUUUUGGAAGAUGGCCAGCACAUUUACAGGUUUAAAGCUGCAGGGUCAGCUGGGGAAGUUUGGAAAGACAGAGCUGACGGACAUUGAGGGCUACGUGGAGCUGCCAGAUGGGAAAGUACUAUCUGGGGCUGAGUGGGGAAACAUGCUGCUUUGGGACGGAGGGCUGAUUAAGGUUGAGAUUUGUCGUAAAGACAAGAAGCCGUGUCACCAGGGCCCCAUCCAACAGAUCAUCAUGGACGAGGGGGAGCUGAUGACUGUGGGCACAGACGGCUGUAUUAGGGUGUGGGACUUUGAAUCCAUAGACACAGCAGACAGCACAGAUGAGGAGGGUCGCUUUGAGAUGGAGCCCAUGAAUGAGCUGAAGAUUGGCCAUGGCCAUGAAGUCAGCCUGAGGUGUAUCAAGAAGUCAGUAGAUCCUGAUGAACCCACCAUUUGGUAUGCCCAGGACUACAAUGGCGGUAUCUGGAAGUUGGACCUGUCGUUCUCUCACACCUCCCAGCCCCCAGAGAAGCUCCUGUCCUACCACUCCGGCCCCAUCACUGGCUGCUCCACGUCCCCAGUCAGCCACCUGGUGGCCACUAUAGGACAGGACAAAUCUCUGCGUAUAUAUGACUAUGUGUCCAAUCAGAGUGUGUGUGAAGUGAGAUAUAACAUGGGAGGAUCCAGGCUCAUAUGGGCUCCUAGAACUAUUGACCCAAAAGGUGCCACUCUGAUAGCUGGCUAUGAUGACGGUGUGGUCAGAGUCCUACAGCUGGCCCAAGUGGACGAGAAUGACCCGGCACGCAGAGUUAAGGGGGACACAGAGCUGCUGCUGGUGGACGUCCUCAAGCCACACAAGGCCAAGGUCACUGCCCUGGCCCUGGACAAUAAGGGGGAGAUUUUGGCAACUGGGGGAGUCCAACCUAAGCAAGUCAAACCAGCCAACCCAAAAUUUUGUAAGCCAUCCAGCUGUUUUUGGAAAUAUAGGCUGUCCUUUGAGCCCAAUGGCCGUCCAAAUGACAGCAGGGUAUCUCUCUCGGGGAAAACCUUGCAUGCAGGUAUAUUUUCCAUCACCAUAAAGAAAAUUCCUUUGUAA